AUGCCCGUCGACACCCCCUCGACCUUCAUGUUCGCCGCCGCCCCCACCAGCAGCAGCGGCGGCACGGGCGGCGCGCGGCGGCGCACGUCCUCAGGGCCGCCCAUGGGCAAGCGGCUGUUUCAGACGCCGUCCUCUGGAGGCUCCGCCCGCACGCCGCCUUCCCCUGGGCCAACGCCGCCCUCGCCGGCGCCGUUUGCGGGCUUUGGGGCCGCGGCAGAGGCUGCGACGCCGACGUUUGGGGCCCGCGGCGGGGGCGGCGACGAGCGCGCGGGGUCGGAGGCGUCGGACGUGUCUUCGACGUUUUUCGGGGUGCCCCCGGCCGCGCCGCCGCGGCAGCCCUUUGGGGCCGGCGCUCGCGGCUCGCCUCCGGCGCCGCCCGUGCCCAUGGCACCGCCGGAACAGCCAGCAGCUGGGGCGGACGCGGAAGCAGCGUUUGCCGGCGGCUUCGGAGCAGGAGGCGGCGGCGGCGCCGGCGCCGCGGCGCCGCAGCGGGGGACGCCGUAUUCCGCUUCGCGCCGCAGCCGCUUCCAUGCCGCCCGCGGGCGCGCGGGCGGUGCGCCGCCGACGCCGCCGCGGUUCCCCGGCUUUGGUGCGGCGGCCGGCGGCGACGGCCCCGCGACGCCCUCAUUCAGCGGCGGCGGCGGUGGUGUGGGUGCGCCGGCGGCGGCGGCCGCGGCGGGCACGCCUGGCAGCGGUGGCAGCACCCAGGCGGGGUACUCACCGAUGGCCUGGAGCCCUGUCGGGGACGCGGCCAGCCCUGCUGGGGGUGAGCCUGGUCCGCCGCCCUUUGGGGCGCAGCAACAGCAGCAGCAGGCCCCCCUAUUUGGCGGCUUAGGAAGAGGCGCCGCAGCGCCACCACCUCCGCCGGCGCCGAUGCAGCAGCAGCAGGGGGAGCAGCAGGCGCCUUUAUUCGGCUUCUUCGGCCGGCCCGCCGCGCCGGCGCCCCAGCAGCAGCAGGGGGCGCCUUCCUUUGGGUUCGCCGCGGAACCGCAGCUGCCACAAUCGCAGCAGCAGCAGCAGCAGCAGCAGCAGCCCGCACCGGCGGACGUUCUGACUGCACUCCUUGGCGCCAUGGGCCUCGCCGCGCCGCCGCCCGCGGGGCGCCCGCUCCCCUCGGACCCGAUCGCCGCCGCAGCCGCGGCCGCGGCCGCCGCAGCAGCGGCGGCCAGGGCUGCGGCGGACGACGCGGCUCUUGCUGAGCUUCUGAACGGUGCGCUGCGCCUGCAGCCGGGCGCCAAGCCUGCUUCCGCGGCGGGCGCGGGCGCGGGCGCGGGCGCGUCGGCGUCUGUUGAGGCCGUCCGGUCGCAGGGCACAUCGCGGCGCGAUGAGUGGGAGCGGCUGCUGCAGGCGGCGCGGGAGCAGCUGCAGGGGCAGCUACGGGACGACGGCGGCGCGGAGGGCGCAGCAGCGGGGCCGCCGCCGCGGCGCGGGGGCGGGGCCGGCGGCGGCGGGGGCACGGGCGGCGGGGAGCCGCUGGCGGCUCUGCUGCGGGAUGUGCUAUGCCUGAAGCAGCAAGCGGCGUCGGCGGCCGGCGCAGCGGCGGCAGGCGGUUGCUCGAUUGAUGACCUGUCCGACCUCCUCAGCGCCGUGGGGCUGAGUCAGCAGGGCGAGGGGGCGGCUGCGGGGACUGCAGCGGCGGCAGCAGCGGCGGCGGAGGGCCCUGGGGUGGGCGGCGCUGCUGGUGGAAAGCAGGCCGCGGCGGCCGAGGCGGAGGGGGCCGCGGCUGCGCCGCCCCCAGUGUUCACGUUCUCGAGCCCAGGCGCAAAGACGAGCGGCGGCGCCGCGGCCGGCGCCGCCGCAGCGGCGCAGCAGGGCCAGCGGCCGCAGCCGCCGCCGUUUGGCGGCGCAGAGGGGGCGCCCUCGUUUUCGUUCUCGCUGGGGACGGCGCCGGGCAGGGCGGCCGCCGCGCCGGGCAGCGCCCGCAAGGCGCGGACGCUGCGCUCGGCCGCGAAGCAGCCGAGCCGCCUGGCGGCGGCGCCGGCAGCGCGCGCGACCCCGACGCGGCCCGCGUCCGGCGGGGCCGCCCCGCCGCCGCCGCCGGCGCAGCAGCAGCAGCAUCAGCAGCAGCAGCAGGCGCCGCUGCCCGGCGGCGGCGCCGCGCACGUGUCGGCGCAGGCGCGCGCGCGCAGCUCGAUGUGGAAGGAGCGCGCGCACCGCAGCUAUGCGGCGGCUGACUAUGCAAAGGCCGAUGAGGAGUUCACGCAGGCCAUCGACGCGCUCACGCCGCUGGACCCUCAAGAUGACGCGCUCCCGACGCUCUACAGCAACCGCUCCGGCGCGCGCCUGAUGCUGCACCGCCCCCACGCCGCGCUCGCGGACGCGCGGCGCGGCGUCGCGGCGAGCAGGCGGAAGUUCGUGCGGGGGCACCUGCGGGAGGCGACAUGUCUUACGCGGCUGGGGCGCCUGCCCGAGGCCCAGGGGGUGCUGGACUGCCUGCUGGACUGCCUGGCGCCAUCCAACUCGUCGUACCAGGAGGUCCUCAAGCGCCUUAACGAGGCCCAGCAGCUCUCCCGCCGCGUCACCCAAUUCGAAAAAGACGUCCUCGGCGCCAUCCCGCCACUGCCCCUCCCCUCGAACGGCGCGCUCACCUCCGCCGCCGCCACCCCUGCGGCGGCGGCCGACCCGGCGGUCGCACUGGCGCCGCUGCAGAUGGGUGCGGAGGCGGCGCGUUUGCAGGCCGAGGCGGACGCGCUGACCAAGGAGGUCGCAUUCUGCGGCCGCGUCCAGGCCGCGCGCGCGUGGCUGCUGCUGCGCGGCGGCGCGCUCGAGGCGCUCGCGGCGGGGCCGCUGACGCGCGCGCCGGACGGCGCGUCCGAAGCUGGAGAGGGCGGCGGCGGCGGCGGCGGCGGGGGGCAGGGGGCGUCGGACGCGGCGGCCGGCGGCAGCGACACGUUUGAUUGGGAGUGGUGGGUCGCCGCGCAGUACCACCGCGGCGACCUGCCGGCAGCUUCCGCGCAGCUUCGCCGCGGCGCCGACGCGCUGUGGCGCCGCGCGGCGGCGGCGGCCGCGGGGCGGCGGGCGCGGGGGCAGCCGGGCGGGCUGGAGUCGCUGCUGGCGCCGCUGGUGCCGUCGGAUGCGGCGGAGGCAGCCGCCCUGGCUGAUGCCCUCGACGCGGCCUGCACCCUGAAAGACGCCGGCAACGCCGCCCUCAAGCGCGGCGACGCCGAGGGCGCCGCCGCCCACUACUCGCAAGCUAUUCAGUCCGGCCUUCCGCCGCAGUUUGCGGCCGUGCUCUACGGCAACCGCGCCGCCGCCCAUCAGGCCGCGGCGAGGUGGACGGAGGCGCUCGCGGACUGCGGCCGCGCGGCGGCGCUGAGCCCGGGGUACGCAAAGGCGCACUCGCGGGCGGCGGGGCUGCUUGUCGAGCCGGCGGCGGCAGCCCGGCGGGCAGCGGCAGGGGCGGCGCGGCGGUGA